AUGUUUAAAUCUAUUUUUCCAAAUGACCAAUCCGUUAAUGUUAACUUAUUCCACAAUAAUCACAACAAUUCAAUAACAAAGGCAACUACAACGAAGAAUAAUUUUUUAAACAAUAUAGCUAUGGUAACAACUCCAAUAUCAAAAUCAAAAUUAAAUACUAAUUCAAAUACAUUUGGAACUGCAGCCAACUCAUCAAAAAGACAGCAUUCUACAAGUAUAAAUAGUGACGUUAAAAGACGAACUCCUAAGAAAAUAGAAGAUUUGACAUCUGCAUCUCAAUUUGCCAUUUCAAGUAGAUCUAAUUCAUUAUUUAAUAAAACACAAUCUCAACUACAAUUACAACUGCAAAUGCAAUUACAAAUUCAGUCUCAGUCGCAAUCGCAAUCGCAAUCGGAUAUUUCUAGAGACACAAGUAAUAAUGAUGCUACCACUAAUAAUAUUUUUUUUGCAAAAGAUAAAGUAAAAGAAAUUGAGAAAACUGUACCAGAUGAUAAAGUCAAUACAACUUUAAAUCCAAUGCAUAAUUUUAGCUCUCCUAAUGAUUUUCAGACCACUACUUUUCAAGAUAAUCAUCCACAGGGAACAUCUCAAAGUAUACCAGCACACAAUAGUAAUAACAAUAAUCUAAGUGCUUCGAAUGAAAGCACUAAUCAACAAAAUUAUCAAGACAAUAAUGCUAAUAAUAACUCACAAAACGAUCAACAGGACAGCUCGCAGGGUAAUAAUAAUAACAAUAAUAAUAAUAACAGUAAUAAUAACAAUAAUAAUAAUCAACAAAAUUCUAUUAAAAAAUCAAAUCAAAAUUUAAUUCAGAAACUACAGAAUAUUUAUAAAUUGAUUGUUUCUCAGGAAUUAGAACUGCAGGAUAAAUGUAAUAAAUUAUCAACUUCACAAUCAACAAAAUUGAAAUACCUUUGGUCAAUUUAUAAAUUAAAUCAUGAUUUGAUAAAUAAUUAUAUUUUAUUUAUUCUAACCUCUUUGUCGCCAUCACAAUCAAUAAAUGAUCAACUUAUUGGUAAAGAAAUAUUGGAAAUUUAUAAAAUUGAGAGAAGAUUAUGGAUUUAUGGUACAAUAACAUUUUUAGAUAUAUUGAAAAAUUUUGCUAAUUUUAUGGAUCCUGAAAUUUUAUCACAAUUUAUAACACACGUAUUCGAAUCUAUCUCCAAUAUGAUAUCAGAUCUACCAAUCGAUUUCAUAAACCCUUGGUAUCAGCGGUUAGGUGAUUUAUCAAGAAUGGCAAUCGCUCUAUAUCCUUCAAAUUUUAUUGAUUGGAAAUUAAGUUCUGAAUAUUGGUAUAUUGAAUCAAUGAAGUUUACAUUUAGCCAUGGUAAAUUAUAUUACCAUAUUUCAACUGUGCAACAGAAUCCAUUAGAAGCAUUUGUUAACUUGGGUAAAUCUGUCUUCUGUUUUGAUACCUUUAUACCUUCUCAGAGAUAUAUGCAGCUAGUCAUUGAUAAUAUCUAUCAGCGUGCGUUUAUUGAAAGAAAUUCAAACUCUUCAUCAUCAAAUAAUGCUGGUAGUAGUUCUAAUCCGAAUCAUUUUAUGACUUCAAGUUUUGCAAAAAACUUCCAGCAAAGAUUUUUGAUUGAAUAUUUAAAACAUAGUGAAGUAAUGUUGUUGCCGAAUUUUCUGGAAAAUGAUCAUUUAAAAACUGUCGUAUUGAACUAUUUUACUAACAGUUUUGGUAAAAUUGCAAUUCAAAGCAAUUUAUCUGACCCCUCUAAUCCAAACUUAAAUACAAAUAGCGGUAGUAAUACUAGUAUCAGCGGUCAAGCUAAUAUAGAAAAUAUAAAUAAUGGGCAUAAUAUUCCUUCAAGUUCGAAUGUUAUUACAAGUGAAAGCCUUCAAAUUAAUGCAAUUAAUUUAUUCAACUUCCGAAAUAUUUUUAAGCAAAAAAAUUCAGAUAUUUUGAAAUACUUCUUCAAGAACUCCGCAACCUUUGCUGAAUCACAUAUAUUACAACUUAUUGGGUUUGGUGAUCCAAAAAAUCCAUUUGCUUUAUUGUUUCAAUUGCCUAAAUAUUUAAAAGAGCGUAAAACUAAACGUAAAUCUAAGGCUAGUAAUUCCAAUUCAAAUAUGAACACAAAUACCACUGUUAAUGCAAACAUUUCUUCGAAUACAAUUCCAAGUUCCGAUGUAUCUAUGAAAUAUGAGACUAAUUCUGAUUCAAGUAAUCCAACUAAUUCGAAAUCAUCAUUGUAUAAGAGCAGUAACUCCAAUAUUGUAAUGUCAUCAUCUACUACUAGCUUUGCAACAGCGAUUUCAACAACUAAUAAUAGCAUAUCUUCCAAUAUGGAUGUUGAUACAGAACUUCAGAAUAAUGGAAUGGAAGAUGAGGAUGAAAUGUUGGACAAUUUAAGCCCACAAGACUUUUUCAAUAAUCUAGAAAGCUUAAAGUUAUCGUUUUUUUUACCAAAUAGCUUAGAAAUUUGGAAUGAAUCCCUAAAAUAUAUCAAUAUUAUCUCAUUAAAUUGUAGUAUCAUUGUAUUGAAGAAAUUUUUAAAUGGUCCACUAUUUGUUUCCUUACCUCACAUGCUACCCUGGUCGUAUUUUAUUAUAUCAUUGGCAUUAAGAAUCGAAAGUUUAGAAAAUAUUGAGUCACGUAUAUUUUGGUUACAGUUCAUUAGAAAAAUUUUCCCAUGGAAUUCAAUUGUUAGUUAUUUGAAUGUUAUUAUAUCAGUAUUAUUGGAUAAUUGCUAUGAAAAUUCUAUGAUUACCAAGCUAAUUAACAAUUAUUCAAAUAAGAAUUUAGACGAAUUAUUAGUUGAGUUUAAUGAAAAUGAAUAUGAGUUACCUGAGGUAUGGAAAUGUUAUGGUUCACUAUGGUUUGAUGUUAUUGCAGAAAAUUAUCAGAUCUAUUCGAGGGAUUGCUCCAAAAAUAUAUCGAUGAAAGAUACUAAAUGUUUAAAUUAUCCUAUAGAUGGUUUACCAUUUGAUGAAAUGGAAGAAAACGGAACGAACUUUUGGAAACGUUCAUGCAGACUGAUAUUUUUGUUCAAAACUAUGAUUACUAGAUUUAAUGGUUUUGGUGGUUUAACAAUUUCAAGUAAUACAUCAGUAUAUUGUAAUAGGUCAGAUAUUCCAAACAACCACAUAUUAAGAACCUUUGCAUUUAAACUAUUACCUGACGAUGAUAAUUAUAUGAAUAAUAGUAACAAGAAUUCACAUGGGCCUGAUAACAGUUCUAAUCAAAAUACUACUACAGAUGUUAUGGUUCAUAUAAAUCAAGAUGAUUCAAGUAUAGUUGUUGAUGAAGAUAAUGUUAUGUCUAUGCUAGAUUCUAAUUUAGACAAAUUAGACUCGUUUAAUAGUAAUAAUAACGCUAUUAAUGGCAAUAUUAUGAAUAAUAAUGGUUCAAUUUCGAUAGACAAUAGUGAUGAGAAUACUAUCCAAAAUGUUAUUAUCAACGAUAGUAAUACUGAGCGUAAUAUUGACACGUGGAUACCAUUUGAGAAAAAUUCUAUUCAAAAUACAGAUUUGAAUUGUGAGCCUGGUUUGAGUUUAAUUGAAAAUGAAAGUUUAUUUGAAUAUGAAGGUUAUAAAAGAUUUAUACCGGAUUUUUCAAACUUUGAUAAAAAUGGUGAGUUGAUUAGCACUUCAUUAUAUACAUCCACAAUUAUUGAUACUAUUAAUGGCAGUUCCUCAAAUGCGAAUAUUAUUAAUACUACGACCAAUGCUAACGAUGAAAGUAAUAACGAUAGUUCGGCAACUGCGGGCAGCAAUCAAAAUAAGGAAAGUUCCAAUUCUACUACAAAUAUUGAUAAUAAAGAAUUAUUCUUAAUGGAAAAAGAGAUUUUCAAUAAAAUUUUGGAUCCCGAUUAUAAAAACAUUGAUGAGAUUUGGAGAGGGGAAAUGUUCCAUGAUACGUCCAUUCAAUUUAGUGAUACAUACUUUGUACUGGAUGCCACAUCAUGGUUAAGACAUUUUGCUCAUGUUUAUAAAUUAGCAACCAAUGGAAUAUUGAAAUUUGCUAUAUGUUUAACUACAUUUCAAGAAUUACGAUUUUUAAGGAAAUCUAAGGAUGAGAAUGUGAUGGAGGCUGCCACUCGAGCUAUAAUCACACUAAGGCAAUUGUACAGUGAAAAACGAUUAUUACCAUUAAGAUUCACUGGUAAUAUCGCCACUCAUAUUGAAGAACAUUUAGAAUUUGAAGAACAAAUUACAUGGCGGUCACAUGUGGAUGAGUUUGUAAUUGAAGCUAUCAAGAGAGCUCAAUUAAAACGUAGAGAUAACCGAAACCAAGAAGAUAGCAAUGUAACAAGCUCCAACAAUAACCCAAUCAUAAAUAAUAAUGAGAAUAAUGGCAACUUAAACGUCACUGAUAUGAUAUUUGUAUUGGUGACAGAUGAUAUUUCUAUGAUCAAAAAACGUCAAGAAGAAAAAAGUGAUAAUGACAUUAUUACUUUUAGUACUAAGUUUGUCUUUUCAUUAUGCAACAUGCUAGUCAAUAAAUUCAAUUACCCGAGAGAGAUGACUCCCAUGAGCAAUAAUAACCCAAUUGAUGGCGGUAUACAUCAAUCUCAAGAGAGUGAUAUUACGAUAGCCUCGCCCGCUAUUACUAACAAAGUUUGCAUAAAUUAA